ACAGACUUGGAACAUUUUGAUGAUGAGGAACUUCCUGGUCAGCAGUGACUUUUAUCAGAAAAUAUAACACUGGAUUUUUCACGUCUUUAAUCAUCAUAUCAUAACGUCAUUGGAAUUUGAAUAAUAUUUAACGUUCAAAAACAAAGAGGCUCCGUAAAGCUUGUUCGUCGUCAAAGCAAAGCUGACGUUGGGUGGCUAGCGACCUGUCGUCAGCGUUUGUUGUGCUUUAGCCAUGUCCGCCUCUGCUGGAUGCUCUCCGGUGGGCCACAACGCCGCCCUCGGCCCCGGUAUGUCAAUAUUUCGCUGGCUCGAAGUGCUCGAGAAGGAGUUCGACAAAGCCUUCGUGGACGUGGAUCUGCUGCUCGGGGAAAUCGACCCUGACCAAGUGGACAUCACGUACGAGGGUCGGCAGAAGAUGACCAGCCUUAGCUCCUGUUUUGCUCAGCUCUGCCACAAAUCUCAGACUGUUUUCCAACUCAACCACAAAUUAGAGGCCCAGCUGGUAGAUCUUCGCUCUGAGCUAACCGAAGCCAAGGCAGAGCGGGCGGUGGUGGAGAGGGAAGUCCACGACCAGUUGCUACAGCUUCACGCUCUCCAGCUGCAGCUUUAUGCCAAGCAAGGCCAAGCUCCAGACUCCGACUCCAUCAAAGUCAGACUUCCUGCCCCAACAAUGGAACAGAUGCAACAGGAGCUAGAGGCCAGCAAGAAGGAGAAAUUGGUGGAGGCGAGACUUGAGGCUGACGUGAGACUCUUUAAGAAAGAAAAUGAGGCUCUCCGUAGACACAUGGCAGUACUACAGGCUGAGGUGUACGGUGCUCGGCUGGCUGCCAAAUACUUGGACAAGGAACUUGCUGGCAGGGUGCAGCAAAUCCAGUUACUGGGCCGUGACAUGAAAGGGCCAGCACACGACAAGCUGUGGAACCAACUGGAGGCCGAGAUCCACCUUCACCGCCACAAGACAGUCAUCCGAGCAUGCAAGGGCCGCAAUGAUCCCAAGAAACCACUUCCCUCGCCUGUUGGUCAUGAUCCAGACUUGCUGAAGAAAACUCAGGGAGUGGGUCCUAUCAGGAAGGUGUCACUAGUCAAAGAGGACCAUGAGGGUCUUGGCAUCUCCAUCACGGGAGGAAAGGAGCAUGGUGUUCCUAUUCUCAUCUCAGAGAUCCAUCCAAGCCAGCCUGCAGACAGAUGUGGAGGCCUGCAUGUUGGAGACGCCAUUUUGGCCGUCAACAGCGUCAAUCUGCGGGAUGCCAAGCACAAGGAGGCUGUCACCAUUCUCUCGCAACAGUCAGGACAGAUAGAGUUUGAAGUAGUGUACGUGGCUCCAGAGGUGGACAGCGAUGAUGAGAAUGUGGAGUAUGAAGAUGACAACGGACAUCGCUACAGACUCUACCUGGAUGAGCUGGAAGAGAACAGCACAGCGCCCCGGAGUGGCAACUCGGCAGCGGCAUCAUUACAGGCAGGUCUGGAGAACAUGUCGCCGAACAAAGUGACAGAAAACGGAGACACCGGAAUCUCCAGUGAAACCCCAUCAGAGGAAACUCCCUCCGAGCCUCCUGACACUCACGGCUCCUCUUAGGAAGACUCAGCCGCGCGGGCCAAUCCAAAUUUUAUUGUGCGAGACCUUUUUUCGAGUACUGACUCAUCUGUCAAGCAGAGCCAAUUUGUUUUCUGUCGACGUUCUAAUGUUGGGAUUUGGGGGUUUAGGGUGGGCCCGUGGCAAUGAUUCGGGAGUAAUAGCAGGAGAAGGAUGUGAUUGUGAACGGUUACAUACAGUAAGUAAGGUUACACUAACGUUAAAUCCAUACCACCUUCUAUCCACCAAGUCCUUUCAUGAAGGAACCACCAAGUACUUUUUGUGGGUCCCUCCAAAAAGUAUGUUACAGCUUAGAAUGUCACACAUUGCCAACCCUGACAGUCCUAUUUAUAUGGCAGUGACUGUAGGAUCCCUUUUUAACGUGGUUUAAAUUCUUUCUGGUCUUUACUCUUAUAUUGCUACACUUUAUUCUGACCGCCUCAUGAACCUUGGUGAUGUAAUGUUUAAUACAAGUUUUCAUUCAAUAAUAUACACGCACACACACACACAUACACACACACAGUGGAAUCAUUUAAAAACUUUAGCCACCAUUAAUAUGACCUAUAACCUGUAAAACGCAAUUGGUUUUUUAAAAGAAAAAAAAACCUUCAAGGGCGGAAGUUAAAAAAAAAAAUGGUUGAACAAGUGUACAAAUCAGAAUCAUCUUUAUUUGUAGUAUGUCCCAAAAACACCCAAGGAAUUUGUCUCCGGUAGUUGGAGCCGCCCUAGUAAGACAACAGGCAGUCAAUUGACAGAACACUUUGGAGACAUAAAGACAUUGACAAAAAAAAAAAAAAACAAGUCACUGAGCAAUAGAGGGUUGCUAGUUAUCCUCUUAUAACUGGGGGUGCUGUUCUAGCAGGCUGUUCCUGAUACAUAUUUUUUUUCUUUCCAGCAGAAGCGUGAAAAGUUUUGUGCAAACGCGGACUGCUAUUGUUAACUGUUCAUAAUUCAGUUCCAACGGAAGAAAAAUAGCUUCAAAGCCCUCCGUUGCUGUGGAAGCUCGCUGUAGACUUGCGCCUCCAAAAAAUGACGAGAAAAGCCUACCUGAACAGCUGAACUUUUGGGAAGUUAAAGCAGAGGUGCUUUGAAUGGUGGUAGGUGCGCGCUGAGUCUAAUUUAACACAAGUUUGAACGUGAUUGGGUCAUUCUGAACACUAGCUGCACGUUUAUAAGUGUGUGCGCACGUUUGUACAACCACGAUUUUUUUUACUUCCCCUCUAAAAAGCCCCCCCCCCCCCCCCCCCGCCCAAUGAUUUACACAAGUAUAGGUCACAAUGACGGCAGAGGUUUUGGAAUGAUUUAUCUUGGUCUCAUUUUUAUUUAUAUCACAAAAACAUUGCAUUUUAACUGGGGCGUCUGAAGAAUUUAUUUCCAGUGUAUGCACAAAAUGUUUGUUCAUUUUUUUUUUUUUUGGUCAUUGUAAGUGAUUUGGACUCACUAAUGUACUGUCACCAACAUUGAGAGCCCAGAAAGACUUGGUGUGCUUUCCCCACUUAAAGUGGAAAUCCUAGUAAACCAAAACUCGCAGACCUUAAAACACAUUUAUGUGAAAGUGUUGUUUUGCUUUUAUUAAUCUGGUUCCUCUUUUGUGGUGUGGGCCGAGCCUCCGGGUCCUCUCUGAAGCGUUUCCCCUCUCAUGCAUCAUCAUUGCUCAGUGGAUUCUGAGCAGUUUAUUCAGCCUUUAAAUAAAGUUGGCCUCUAUCAUAAUCAAACAGUUUUGAUUACAUUUUGUAAAUAAUGUUUCAAAAAAAAAGUGGGCAAGCAUGAAUGGAAAACCAACAAUGCAACAUAGCACCCGUAGUAAUAAUUCCAGGCCUUUGGAAAAAAUAGCUUUAUUUGUCAUUAAAAGGAAUAAAAUGAAAUUGUCGUUUCAGAAACAAUAUUUAAAAGGGGUAUAAUUAUUACCUUUUUUUUAAAAAAUUGCAUGUAUAUACAAAUAGUUGGAGUGCCUACCCAAUGAAGUGUGAAACAACCAAGUAAAUCUUUUAUUUGCACAAGCACAAUUCAUUUGUCAUCGGGAGGCGGAUCGGUGCAGCGGCUUUGUGUCGAUCCGUUGUGGCGAAGCUCGAUUUACGUUCCUACCCUCACCUAUGGUCACGAGCUGUUGGUCGUGACCAAAAGAACCAAGAUUCCGGAUACAUGUGGCCGAAACGAGUUUCAUCCGCAGGGUGUCCGGGCUCUCCCCUUAAGAGAUCGGGUGAGAAGCUCGGCCAUCCGGGAGGGGCUCAAGAGUAGAACCGCUGCUCCUCCGCAUUGAGAGGAGCCAGAUGAAGUGGAUCGGGCAUGAUUAGGAUGCCUCCCAGGUGAGGUGUUCCCGGCUUGUCGCAACGGGGGACGACCCCCAGGGCAUGCUGGAGAAACGAUGUCUCCCGGCUGGCCUCGGACCGCUUUGGGGUCUCCCUGGAUGAAGUGGGUGGGAGGAAAGUCUGGGCUUCCCUGUUAAAGCUACUGCCCCUGCAAACCUGACCUCAGAUCAGCGGAGGAAAACGGAUGGAUGGACAAUUCAUUUGCAGUUGGGACAGACUGGUGUACAGCUCCUGCUCUGGAGGGGUCGCUAAUAACGCUGCAAAAAGUUGCUAGAUUUGUUGUGUUG